GUAACAAAUGGUUGAAAAAAGAAACAGAGAGAAAGGAGUGAAGGGAAGAAGAGGAUAAAAGAAACAACCAAGGGAGAGAGAGAGAGAGAGAUUAGUGAUCUAUACAACAGUGAGGGAAUGGUAUUUUAUAAGGUAUAAAACGCGGACACCAAACACGCUAUAUACAGACGACAGAGAAAGAGGAAGAAAGGAAAUAGAUCAGUUUGCUUUUCAUUUUUUAUCGUGGAUUCCGAUUUUGUCCUUCCUUUUUCUUCCUAAUUUCCGUCGCCUUGUCUUCCCAACCUCCUGCCAUAGCUACACCUCGCCACCCGUUCUAUCUAUGGAUUUUUCUUUCUCUGGCAUCUUCCUAUUUCUUACCUUCUUGUCUUAUUUACGAUUCGUUUCGUCUUCGCCGUCGCCGACUCUUUGCCCUCACCAAUCUCAUGUCUUCCGGAAUGGAAUCUUGUCUCAGUGCCCUCUCGAGAUCUCCCCAAUUCCUCCGCUAGAGGUGGAUGGCAAUUUCCUAGACAGAGUUAUGAAUUCCAAGCAGAAAGCUUAUAUUUCUGUACUUUUUUAUGCAUCCUGGUGCCCAUUUUCUCGUAAUAUGCAUCCCAAGUUUGAAGUCCUUAGCUCGAUGUUUCCCCAAAUAGAACAUUUGGCAGUUGAACAAUCAGUUGCUUUGCCAAGUGUGUUUUCUAGAUAUGGAAUUCAUAGCUUGCCGUCCAUUUUAGUUGUAAACCAGACAUCAAGGGUGCGUUAUCGCGGUCCGAAGGAUCUUCUCUCCCUUGUACAGUUUUAUGAGAAAACCACCGGACUUCAACCCAUUCAAUAUCUUGCUGAAGAUGAAUUAAUGAGUUUGGCAGAUAGCAAUAAAUCGACUGUGCAGUUAUGGAGUGGAUCAUCUACAAAGGGCAUAAUGAAGAAGGAACCUUAUUUGGUAUAUACCAUGCUCUUUCUUAUUGUAAAAGUGCUUAUGUCUAUAUUCCCGGAGGUGUUAUCACGUCUAAAAGCAUUCUGGUUCUCAUAUGUUCCCCAUCUGAACUUGGAAAUAUUUGGUGAGACAAACCAAUUAUUUGAACGGGUACUUAACAUGAUUGAUGUGAGGAGGGUUUGGACGAAGUUAAGAUUCUGCAAGACCAGGAACUUCCAUGCAGGUGCCAAAAAUGCACGGGUUUGGGCAUCUUCCCUGGCUUCAGUGUCUCUGGGUGAACCAUCAUCGGCGAGGUCAUCUUCUUAGAGUAACCGAAAUUCAAUAUUAUGAGCCAAAAACUGAGGGUAGCAAAGAGCAUAAUUAAUGAGAUGGUAUGUAUUGAUGGUGUUGGACAGGUA